AAAAUGACACGAAAACGAAGAUUUUCAAAAAUAAAGGAGGAAGUUGUUGAUCAAAAACCUGCACUAACAAAGGAUCCUGAAAAUAAUAUGGAGGAUGAAUUGCCAGCAUUAGAAUCAUGUGCAACUGAAAAGGAAAUAAAUGAGGAAGAGAAAGUUGAUGAUUUGAUAGCUGAGCGUUGCAAUUUUCAUUUGUAUCAACCGCUUGAGGUUCAGGCAAUGGCACAUUCUAAAUUUACAAAGAGGUUGUGUGUCCUUAGACGAAUGGAAAAGAAAAGUUCUGCUUCAACAGAGGAUGAGAAAAAAUUAAGUAUUUUGUCUUUUGUUGAAUUCUACAAUGCUUCAAAUCCACCACUUCUUUUUCUUGAAAAAAGCAUACCUUUAUUAGACUCGCUUGGUUCACUUGUGUGGAUUGAUACUUGGGUUGUUGUUGGUGGAUUAUAUGGCCAAUUAUAUUUCUUUUCUCCUUUUACUACUCGAUUUAGGCGAAUUCAACUUUGCCCAACAGAAAUUGUUUCAAUGGCACGUUUCGAUCAUGCAAACUUUUGUGUUAUUAGUAAAACUGGUCAAUUAAUUUUACUUGGAAGAAAUGAUGCAGAAACUGAUAUUUCUCUCGAUUUGGAUGAAAAACCAGUAACUAACAGCAGUUCAAAUACUUCUUUUACUUCUGAAAGAAUUAAUCGGAUUCCAACAUUUACAACUAAAAAAUUAUUAAAUUUUGAUUCUGAUCGUUAUCCAACUUCUUUGGCUUGUACCAAGUGCAGGUAUAAAGCUACUCCAAAACAGCAUCACAAACCUCACAGUAUUGCAAUUGGAAUGGUUAAUUGGUUAACUAUUAUUACUUUAAAUAAUGAAAAAAAUGUGGAUCAAAUGAAAAUUAUUUCUCGUCGAGAUAUUCAAUUACCUCAUAAUAAACAAGCUAAUAUAAUUAUUUGCAAUGAUUUUUUAUUUGUUGGUGAUUCUAUAGGUCAAGUAACCAUUUACAAUCCAUCAAAUGGUGUUGUUUAUAAGAUUUUCAAAUCUCAUCAAGCACAUAUUUUAACAAUAGCUACAGAUUAUUUAAACGUGUUUGCUUCUGGUGCUGAUUUUAGGAUACAAAUUUUCGCUAUGACGGGCAAAAAGAAAAACGAUCCUAUGAGCUGGCUUAUGGUUGGUCAACGUCAAUUUCAUACCAAUGAUGUUCGGUCGUUGUGUGCAUUAAAUAGGCAAUGGCUAGUUUCUGGUGGUUUUGAGGGCUUUUUUGUGUCUAAUCGAAUUUUGUGUUGCAAACCUCAGAAAAGACCAGAAUGUGAUUUUUCGCCUGAUCGUGGUCUUAUAAUUACAAGACAGCUUAAUUACAUUGAUGUAUGGUACAAACCAGAUCAGUCUUCGGUCAUGGAUUUUUCUGAUAUUAAACAAAGCAGAUAUUUAAAGUGUGUUUUAAACCCGAGGAGGUUAAUUAGAAUUCAAAGCGGAGACAUGGGAUUUGUUAAACAGUCAUGCAUUUCACCUAAUGGGAAAUAUAUUUGCUUUGCUGGCACAAUAAAAGGGGCAAUAUCUGUCAUAGAAUUACAUGAAAAUGUUAUUGAAGAAUUGUUGAAGAGAGCAAUAGAAAAUAAAAAGAACGAAAUUAAUAUUGAAAAAGAGGAAGAUAAUUCAGAUAUAAAUAUAUUAAUUAAACAAUAUUGGAGUAAUCAAUUAAUUUCUAAAGAAGAUUUUGAAUUUAAAGGAGGCAAAACAGUUUUUGCAAUGCAAUGUACAAACAAUUAUUUAUAUUAUGCUACCGGUGAAUAUCAAUUAAUGAGACUUGAAUUGGCCACAAAAACGUUAAUUACGAUCACACAUAAAUAUCAAUCGAAAGAAGCAAAGUCAAUAAUAAUCGGAGACGAAAACAAUGAACCACAAAAUAAUCCUAAAGUAAAACAACCUUCGUCUCUUUUUGCAGUACAACAACUCCAAAUUUUACCUUCAGCACCUCCAAAAAUUAUCUCCUUUUUUGACUGUCUAUUUAUUGAUGAUACAACAAUUGUCCUUUUGUCUUCAGAUUUGGAACAACAUUUUGUUUUAUAUAACGUUACAAAUGGUCAAAAAUUAGUAAAAUCAGCUUCUAAUCUUGGAUGUAAAGAUUUGGAAUGGAUUUCGAAUUUAAAUUGUCAAUUUGUUGAAAAUGGUCAACAGGCUAGUAUUCAUCAAUUGAUUGGAACCACAAAUAAAGGACGAGUUUAUCUUAUACAGAUUAAUGGCUUAAAUGAGGAACUAAAUAUUUAUGCAAUGCCUUUCCCUGAUAAUGUUGGAAAUAAUAAUUUUCUGACAAAAAUUCCGGAUCGCUGUAUUGAACCAUUCUGGAACCGUAAAUCUGCAAAUGGUCAAAAACAUAUUGUACUUGUGGGCCACGAGGAAAUGAAGCCAAGGGUAAUCCACAAAAAUCCAAUGAAUUUACGUUCUUUCAAGAAAUAG